CAUAGCAGAUAGUUAAGAUGAGGAUGGGAAGAAGUUGCUGUGACUGAAAAUUGUCUUAUGCUGGCCUGGGAAAGAAAACACGCAGCCCGGUGAAGUCCUGGCACUGAGUCUAGGAAUGGUACUCAGGGGUGUGAGCUUUUGGGGUAGAAAAAGAGGAACAUUCAAGUGGGCAGUGUGGAGACAGACAAACCUGGGGAGAGGUGUAAUUCUACAGGGCAACCUCCAGCCCUCCCUGAGGGCUCCCCUAUCCUACCUUCUCCAAGAGUAUGGAGAAUGUGUGGCAUCCUUUUUUUCCCCCUCCUUUCCUGUUUUCUUCCUGGGAGUGCUGAGCACAUUGCAUAAGGAGGAGCCAUGUGAAAAUGAAGCCUUGGCAAUCACUGCCUUUUCCUGCCUUAGCAGAAACUGACCUUGUAAUUCCCCGAGUUUAUUGCUGCUUCCUUGAAAUCAACACAUCCCAGGAAGCACUUGAGAGGCUGUUGGGCCUGAGGUACAGGACCAGGCCAGAGUUUCUGCUGUUCUGUUAAAUGCCUGACCUACAAAGCAGUGAGGCUACACUCGCUGACAGGUCAGGUCCCAGGUGAGAGAGGAGUACUCUCUACUGGAGAAGAGGCCUUAAGGAAAAUGAAGGGAAGGUCGUCUUUCCACUGUUAGUUAGCUGCCAGUGUCAGGGAAGCACACAAGUAGUGUAUCUUACUUUGAUGGAUUAAGUGUGAAGUCUGGGUGAUCUCUGGAGUUAGAGGUGGGAAUCUCUCUCCUGAGGGGUGAUGUCCAGAACGGAUCUCUAGAGAAGUGAUGUCUUAGGUUUGGCUAUGGGGGAGAGGUAGUUGAUCUCCAGAGGAAGUGAUGUCUUAGGUUUGGCUAUGGGGGAGAGGUAGUUGAAUUGGGAGCAGCUCACCCGCUUCUUCUCCCAAGUUACAGUUCGCUCAUUUGGGAUUGUACCUGUCAAAGUGUCUUUAGCUUACUUUAUGGACUAAGAGGAGAACUGAUUGUCUUUGAAAUACUGUGUUUGCCAUAUCUAUGUUUAUAUUGUGCAACAAAUUUUGCCUAGGGCCAAAAGUUUGCCUCACUUGAUGAUCCGGCAGGAUGUAUACUCUGACUAGUGAGAAUUAAAACUCUCAGCUGCCAUACAUCUGAGAACAGUGUCCUUUGACUUCAAGAUGCCUGAAAUCAUAGGCAGUGUAAAUUAAGACCCCUACGCUUAUCUAAGUACUAACCAUAUACCGUGGAUAUCUGAGGUGCAACUGUAAAGUCUUUCCCUUUUGCAGAACUUCACUUUUUAAUGUUAUCUAAGCCCCUUUAGAAUUCUUGCCUUCAUCCUUUUAUUGUUACUUGGGUUGUAUGUUUAGCACAAAGUCUGCUUUGGGAGUAGGUGAAGCAUAAUUUGCCAUGGCAAUGGAAGGUUGAAGACAAUGCUUGUUAGCAUUCUAAACUCUAUAGCAACAGGGUAUCUCCCAAGGGUGGGUGAUAGCUGCUGGCUGCUUGGCAUGUUCCUGUCCUGUAACAGCCAUCACUACCUGAGGUGCAGUCUGAGGGCCUGUACCUUUUCCUGUGUAGGAGAUGACUGACCAGGACCGAAUCAUCAACUUAGUUGUUGGCAGCUUAACCAUCUUGUUGAUUCUAGUAACACUGAUCAGUGCUUUUGUUUUCCCUCAACUACCUCCCAAACCACUGAAUAUAUUUUUUGCUGUCUGCAUCUCUUUGAGUAGUAUCACUGCCUGCAUACUUGAUACUUACUGGGUUUUACCAAGGUUAAUCAGAAUUACCCUUUCUCCUGGAUUUCAAAAAGCCCAAAGAAAACUGUUUCCCAAGAAUUGCCACAAUACUUCAAAUGGUACAAAGUCAGAUGGGCUUAUCUGCACAUGGCGACUACAUACUGGGUCCAACAGUCUGACAGGAACACUUCUGGAUCUACUGGUAUCGACAAGGAGACUUAGAACCGAAAUUUAGAAAUCUAAUUUACUAUAUCUUAUUUUCUAUCAUCAUGUUAUGUAUAUGUGCAAACUUGUACUUCCAUGAUGUGGGGAGGUGAAGCUGCCAAC